CGCGCGGCCGUGACUCCGCGGGAGCGGCGCUACGGUGGCCGGCGGGGCUGGGCUGGGGCUCGGCCGCUCGCGUCCCGUCAUGGGAGGCCGCAUAGAGUGCGUGUUCUUCAGCGAGUUCCACCCCACGCUCGGGCCCAAAAUCACCUACCAGGUCCCCGAGGACUUCAUCUCCCGGGAGCUGUUUGACACCAUCCAGGUGUACGUGAUCACCAAGCCCGAGCUGCAGAACAAGCUGAUCACCGUGACGGCCAUGGAGAAGAAGCUGAUCGGCUGCCCCGUGUGCAUAGAGCACAAGAAGUACAGCAGGAACGCUCUGCUCUUCAAUCUGGGCUUCGUGUGUGAUGCCAGAGCCAAGGCCUGCGCGCUGGAGCCCAUCGUGAAGAAGCUGGCUGGCUACCUCACCACCCUCGAGCUGGAAAGUGGAUUCAUCUCCAAUGAGGAGAGUAAACAGAAGCUGGUUCCCAUCAUGACCAUCCUGCUGGAGGAGCUGAAUGCCAAAGGGAAGUGCACCCUUCCCAUAGAUGAGUCCAACACCAUCCACCUGAAGGUGAUUGAGCAGCGCCCAGACCCCCCCAUCGUGCAGGAGUAUGAUGUCCCUGUCUUCACCCAGGACAAGGAUGACUUCUUCAACUCCCAGUGGGAUCUCACCACGCAGCAGAUCCUGCCCUACAUCGAUGGAUUCCGGCACGUCCAGAAGAUCUCGGCCGAGGCCGACGUGGAGCUGAACUUGGUGCGCAUCGCCGUGCAGAACCUGCUGUACUACGGGGUCGUCACUCUUGUCUCCAUACUCCAGUACUCCAAUGUCUAUUGCACCACACCCAAAGUCCAGGACCUGGUGGAUGACAAGUGCCUCCAGGAAGAGUGUCUGUCCUAUGUCACCAAACAAGGGCACAAGCGAGCCAGCCUCAGGGAUGUCUUCCAGCUGUACUGCGGGCUGAGCCCUGGCACCACCGUGCGAGACCUCAUCUCCCGCUACACCCUGCAGCUCCAGAGGGUGGAUGAGAGGAGGCUGAUCCAGUUUGGUUUGAUGAAGGGCCUGAUCCGGCGGCUGCAGAAAUACCCAGUCAAGGUGGCCCGGGACGAGCGCAGCCACCCUGCCCGGCUGUACACGGGCUGCCACAGCUACGAUGAGAUCUGCUGCAAGACUGGCAUGAGUUACAAGGAGCUGGAUGAGCGCCUGGAGAAUGACCCCAACAUCAUCGUGUGCUGGAAGUGACGCAGCCCUCUCUAGAGCUGUGUCCCCUCGCGCGUCCCCGCUGUGUCCCCCGCUGUCCCGCCACGUGUCCCCGCUGGCCGUGCCCGCUCCUCCGUGCCGCCAGGGGGCAGCACCGUCCUCCGCGCCGCCAGGGGGCGCUGUCGGCGGCGCCGUUGCCACAGCGACGCGGACGCCAUGGCCGCCGUGCCCGGGCCGCUGCCGCCCGCCGAGGCCGAGGCGCUGGUGCGAGCCCUGCAGGGCUCCGAGCUGCGCGACAUCGGCGGGCAGGGGUGCGGGGACACGGCGGUGCGGUGUUUAUAAGGGAGAACAUGAAAGAGGGACUUUAAAUUUGGGUGGUCCCAUUCGGGGCUGUGGGAGCACAGGAGGGGGCCCGGUUUGGGGCCUCCCCAGGGGUCACAGUGGGGGUAAGGAGGGGUUUCCAGAAGGUUUUGGGUUGAGAGGAGGAGUUCUGGUUUUGAGGUGGGGUGAGAGAAGGGGCUACAAUUCUUGAGGGACUGGGGGAGAUUGGAGGGCCCAGGGUGAGGAGGGGUCCCAGAUGUGGGUGUCUGUGAGGGUGGGGGUGAUGGAGGGGCUGCCCCUGGUUCUGUGGUGUCCCCACUGACAGAGGGGGCUGUGGGGGCAGCAGGGCUGUGCAGGGGAGCUGCAGCCCCAGGCUCAGGGCACAGUGUGGGGCUGGGGGUUACAGGAGGUUUCCCUGCACGAGGGAGCCUCGCCAGGAGAGCCCCCAGAGCUCUGUGGCACUGGUGUCCCGCUGGCUGCCCCCCAGAUGGCUUCGGCAGCACGAGUACGUGGAGAAGCUCAACAUGCACGGCAUCCUGAGCGCCUCAGCGGGCCAGGAGCAGCUCCUCACCGAGCUGCUGGUCAGCCAUGCCAAGGUGAGCCUCCCUGGGUGCAGGAGUGAUCCCCCUGCUGGGCCCUCAGCCUCCAGCUGGGCUUGCCCUGUGGGCAGUGUGUGCAAUUUUGGAAUAAAGUGCCCAAGAAUCUGUUGUGUCUCUGGAAAAGAUGUUUGACUGGUGGUGUACCAGUUUGUUUUUUUUUUUAAUUAAAGCUCAAGCUGUGGUAUUUCUACUUGCUGGUGUCUGGUUUCUCUCUUGGAGGUUGUUGUGGUCUCCUUGCUGCACUGGUCCCUCUGGCUGUAGAUCUCUGCCCUAUGCCUGAAGGAGGU